GAGACUCUUCAACCGUUACAUCGCGCGAGCACAGACCCUUACACACUCCAUGGCAACAACGGCAGCAGCGACGAUUCGGUUGAGUGGGAAGAUGCAAACGGUGGUAUGGGGGGUGGGCCAAACACGUCGACACUGGAGCGCAUCCAAGAAUUUCGGUCGGUGUAUGACACGCAGAGGGGUGCGACAUCUGCGAAAGAGGCCAAGGACUGCUUCUCCUUCACGUCCUUCGAGAUACACGGGGUGUGUGAUAGUGUGUGA